AUGACUACAGGAGAAAGACAGACAGAGUUUCGCUCACUUUCUGAGCUUAAUCAACUUGCAGAUGAGCUCAUCGACCCGUUCAAAAAAGAGGGCGUUUAUUCUACAAAAGAGCUUCUUAUGAAGGCGCUCGAAUGUAUUGAAGUAUUUAAGGGGAAUAUAAGAGCUGACAGUAGAGAGAAAGAGCAAGAAGGUGCAAUAUGCUAUUGUGCAGCUUCUAAGCUACUUAGUGUCAUCAUUCCAAAGACACCAGAAUUUACAGAGCUAAAGAGUGACAAAGAGUUGUGGCAAUUUUUCAAUGAUCUCGUUGACUACCUAGUGAGAAAGCGUGGAGAAUAUGAUCGAAUACGACAAACUGUGACAGAAGAUAACAGGCAAUCUUUCAGCAAUAAUACAGACUCUUUAAUUGAAAGAUUCCAGAAUUUGAAGAGAUCUGGAAAUCAUAACAUUGAGGCAAGCAGAAAACUUCCAACUCCUCUUGGUACAACUCCCUCAGUUUCAUUUGAGAAGUUUCGGAAUAGAUCAUUUAUCACAAUGGACGAGCUCGAAACUCUUUUGCAUGAACACAACCGGGAUGUUCUCAUCAUAGAUUUCAGGAGAAAGAAGGAAUUUGAUCUUGAUCAUAUUUCCGCAGCAGAACACAUUUUACAACUUGAGCCCCUUUCUGUUCGGGGUAAUUAUACGUGCAAGGAUAUCGAGGACUACUCCAUGGUGACCAACUCAGAUCUGGAGAGACAGCUAUUUUUGAAUAGAAGUGAAUUUGCCAUUGUUGUUUGCAUGGAUUCAAGAUCCACUAAAUCCAGUAUUUCGUAUAACUUGCAACAAUUGGUGCAGAUACUACGGUUGAAAUCAUCAGGAAAACCACUCAAACAGCCGCCGUUGAUUCUCGACGGCGGAUUUUCAAUGUGGGAGUUUGAAAAGAAGAGAAUAAAUAGACCAGACGAUGCACGAAUACUGCAAUCGCGUUCAAGUUCGUCAGAUGGAUACAUUUCGACCAAUCCAGUGCAUGCAGACAACUCGAUGAGCUACAGCGACGAACAGAGGCUUAUUCAUAACGUGUCUGACUAUUUUUCCAGGCGUAAGUCUUCUGGAUCCUUUUCCAUGACCAAUCAAAUACCUGCACCACAAUUCAAAUAUGUUCCAACUACAAAGGCCAGAUCAUUGAUGUAUUCCAGCACGCUUGGAAACAGAUCAACGCCGAGUGUCUCAAGUACUGUUUCAAGAUCAUGGCUCUCCUUUCAAAACAUGAAUACAUCAAAGCCCCAAACACAGCUUUCGAACCUUGGCGUAUCUUCCUCGGUGAAUCUUCCCCAAAUGCCCCAAAAUACAUUUCAUUCAGCUUACCUGGGACGUGGUGAAGCCGAUUUCACAGCCAAAGGCAUGUCUACCCCUCCUGCAAUUCCAAAUAAGCCACCUGCAGUAGAACCACCACCUAUUGGCAUGGGAAUUCGUCCGGAUUGCCUAAUCAUGACGGGCCUUGUAAACUUGAAGAAUUCAUGCUACAUGAACUCCGGCCUUCAGUGUUUGUUGGGGUCGGAGAAAUUAGUGGCAUUCUUUCUUAUGGGAGAUUAUAGGAGACACAUUAACGUGAACUCUAGACUUGGGUCGAAGGGAAUUCUGGCAAACGAGUUUGCAUCGCUAACAAGCGAGAUGUACAGACUGACAAACGUCUCUCAUCCGACAUACUUCAAUCCCGUAAGAUUCAGGAGGGUUUUGGGCUCAUUGAACAGUCUUUUUAACCAUUGUGACCAGCAGGACUGCUCGGAAUUUCUAACGUACGUUUUGGACACCUUGCACGAGGAUCUCAACGAAAAUGGAAAUCAUCCAAAGCUUCCCGAACUUUCAAAGCAAGAAGAGCAGCAGAGAGAAUCUCUACCUAUCAGGGUUGCUUCAACUAUUGAAUGGGAGAGGUACUUGAAGACCAACUUCUCCGUCAUUGUGGAUAUUUUCGAAGGCCAGAUGAUGUCGCAGUUGAAGUGUUUAACGUGUGGCAGCACAUCAACCACGUACAACUCGUUUGGAACACUAAGUUUGCCCAUACCAGAGAGUGUGACUUCUGCCAGACUCAACCUCGAAGACUGCUUUGACGAGUUUGUGAAACCAGAAAUUCUAGACGGCGACGACCGGUGGAUGUGUCCCGUGUGCAAGAGUAAACAGAGAUCCUCUAAGCAGCUUCGCAUAUCGAGACUUCCACAGGUGCUAUGUGUGCACUUAAAACGGUUCAGGAUGGACCGGCACCUGUCGAAAAUCGACAAGUAUAUAAAGUACGACGAGUACAUCAAGUUGGACAAGUACUGGCCGCCGAUUAGUUCGAAUUUGGAGAGAACGGAGCUGGAAAAGUUGCCAGUCCGAGGUCAGAUGCCUCCAUUCAACUACAAGCUCUUCGGAGUCAUCAACCAUUACGGAAACCUUGUCAAUGGCCACUACACUGCUUAUGUCAGAAAGGGAACGCACGGAUGGUGUUUAUUUGAUGACCAAAACGUCCACAAGCACUGCAAGUUGAGCAAAGUGAUCAACGGCGACGCAUACAUACUUUUCUACGAGAGAUGCUAG